UCCGUCAAGCCAAGAGGACAUGCAGCUCGUCAGCGAGCUGUCAGCAGUCAUCGAAGAUGCAACUUCUUUGAACGAGGCGGGGACGAGCGAGCCGAUCAAGCUGGUCCUGGACAAGGCCGUUGGCAACCUCCACGACACCUUCUACUCUCCGGGGAGCCUGGAGUUCAUGUCGCUGGGAGAGUGGGCGAAGACGCCAGAGGAGCAGGGAGUUGGGCGCAACGCGCUCAAGGAGAAGCUGGGGAAGUGGCUGCAGAGCAAGCGCUGGACUCGCGUGCAAGGAGAGAGCAAGAAGGCAAGGAGGGGCAGCGCGUUCUCGCCACGGGCAACGGCAGCUGCUGAGCUUGAGCAGGAGGCGGAGAGCGACGAUAUAGAGCGUCGAUCUCUUAGCUUCCUGUUCAUAGCACUGAGUAAAUUCGCAGAGAUGCAUGUGCUGGCCUGCUCGCUGAAGGUGGACAAGAAGGACCGACUGCGGGUGGAGAUGAGGGAAGAUGGCGAAGAAGAGGAAGACAUUGAGGAAGAGCAAGGCGAGGGCGAGGAAGAAGACGGGGCGAGCCCGUACCGAGCUUGAGCUGAGCUCAAGGUAAGUAGAGAAGGUGGAGGCGACCGAAGGCCAAGGUGAGGAGAGGCAACUCUCCUGACUGAGGCUGAGGAAGCCAAGAGAAGACAGCAGAAGUAGACAGUAGAAAGACGCCUCAGAAGCAGGGUUCGCAUUGUAGGCCGUGUACUCCCAGUGCUUGCGCGCCUCUUUAGACUAGGAUCAAAUUGCAUAAGCCCACAACGAGGCCGAGCAACAUUCUAGCAUUCUAAUAAACUCACAUAG